CCUCGCAGAAGGAGCCGCUGACGCGAUGUUGCAGCCCGUGGUACGGCUGGUGCGGCUAAAUCGGCUGCCCUACGCCGAGCUGCUGGCCCUGCAGGAGCGCUGGUUGCGACGGCUGCAGGCCGAACCAGGCAGUGAGGCCCUGUCGGCGGCUGAGGCGGGCGCGCUCCUGCUCUGCGAGCCCGCGGGGCCCGUAUACACAUCUGGGCUGCGUGGCGGCCUGACUCCGGAGGAAACGGCGCGGCUGCGGGCCUUGGGCGCCGAGGUACGCGCCACAGGCCGCGGUGGCCUGGCCACUUUCCAUGGGCCGGGCCAGCUGCUCUGCCACUCGGUGCUAGAUCUGCGACGCCUGGGCCUGCGCCUGCGCACCCACGUGGCUGCGCUGGAGUCGUGCGCGGUGCGCGUGUGCGAGCUCCUGGGCUUGCAUGGAGCCCGCGCGCGGCCCCCACCCUACACCGGCGUCUGGCUGGGGGAGCGCAAAGUCUGCGCGAUCGGAGUCCGCUGUGGAAGGCACAUCACGUCCCACGGCCUGGCUCUGAACUGUUGUACAGACCUCGUGUGGUUUGAGCACAUCGUCCCCUGCGGGCUGGUUGGGACAGGCGUCACCUCUCUGAGUGAGGAACUCCAAAGGCACGUCAAUGUGGAUGAAGUAAUACCACCUUUCCUUGAGGCCUUUAGGGAGACCUACAAAUGCACAUUUAUCUCAGAGGACAGCCCCAACUAAAGGAUGUUCAUGUUAUCACAGCUGGGAGGUUGUGCUUGAAAAGCACCAAGCCUGACUUGGAGUCACUGAAACCCAGAUUCUAGACCUGGCCCUGUCAUUCAUUCACCAUGAGACUAUGAACAAAUUAUGAGCCCUUAGCAUUGUUUCCAUAUGUGUACUGGUUUAUUUAUAUCUUCUCAUCUACCUCAGAUAUAGUAGAUUUGAAAACAUUCUGAAAAGCAACACAUGCUAUAUAAAUGUAAGACAUUAGUACUGCUAUUGACACCAUUUUCUCAGCUUAGAGAAACUCAGAUGUAAUCAGUUCUCAAAUAUUUAUUGCUUCCUAAAUAGUGUAUUUAAUUGGACAAUUCUGAGAUCCAGUUCCUUUGACUUUAUAGGAAUCAUACCUCUGGAUAGCCCAGGUGAAGGUAAUGUGGUGGGGUGCUUUUUCAUUCUCAAGAGAUCUAGGUGCUUUCUGCAAUGGAAGGAAAAAAGGGAAGGGAUCUUUAAAGAACAAAAUGAGAUUUUGCCUUCCUGGGUUGGAUUCUCCAAGCCCAAUAGCUAUUUUUAGUUAGGUAACCUGAGCUAGACCAGAGCCAGGGAAAAGACCAGAGGAAUAUCUUACAUUAUACAAAUGUCAAAGGUAGAAGUAAGUUUUCCUUAAGUGAGAUCCGUAAAUUUAUAAAGCUGUGUAAUUAUUCAUUGCUAUGCAACAAAUCACCCCAAAAUGUAAUGGCUUAAAACAAUAAACAUUGUCUCAUAUA